AUGCAAACUCGCCACUUUCCAUUAGCUUUCUUGAUAAGAACUACGUUAGCUAGCCACUUGGGAUAUUGUACUUCUCGAAUGAACUGUGCGUUAACAAGUUUAGCAAUCUCCUCCUUUAUGACUUCUCGUCUUUCUGGUGCAAACUACCUCUUCCUUUGCUUCACGGGUCUUGCUUCCGGAUUUACGUUAAGUCUAUGUACCGCAAUCUCUGGAUUAGUUCUAGGCAUGUCCUCAACAUUCCAAGCGAAUACAUCAAUGUUACGGGAGAGACAACUUAGUAAUUCAGACAUGACUGCUAAACCAAACACUAUCCCAAACUUUCAGUUCGGCGAAAUGAAACCAGAAGACCUUCUACGCCACCCACUCCCCGCCCAAACCCCAAAACUCACCCUUAACUGCCCCCUUCUCGACGGCCUCCUCCGUGGAGGUAUUCCUUGCGGCAGCAUAACCGAAAUCACCGCCGAGAGCGGCGUGGGGAAAACUCAAUUUUCCAUCCAGCUCCUCCUCGCCGCCCAACUCCCCGCUACACGAGGAGGCCUCUCUGCUUCAUCCCUUUGCCUGCAUUCUGAAUUUCCCUUCCCCUUCCGCCGCCUGCAACAACUUUCGGUAUUUUAUCAAUCUCAUAUCCCUAAUAAUCCUUUGGACCGUAUUUUUAUUCAACCCGUCAACUCACCCGACCACCUGCUCGACCUUUUGUCCCGCCUAGAAUCUAUUGUUUCCCGGUUGAAUAUUAGGCUAAUUGUUAUUGAUUCUAUAGCAGCAUUAUUCCGUUCAGAGUUUGAUAACACCCCACUUGAAUUAAAACGGAGAUCGAGCAUGUUUUUUAAGAUAGCCUCGAAAUUAAAAUCUCAAGCUCAAAAAUUUGGUCUGGCCGUUGUGGUGACUAACCAGGUAGUGGAUGUGAUUGAGUCUUCGGGUAAUUUGAGGAUUGGGAAUUCGGGAUUUUUGUUCUCGUCUGGGAGGAGAGUUUGCCCGGCUUUGGGUUUGUCAUGGGCAAAUUGCGUGAAUAUAAGGUUGUUUUUAUGGAGAGAAGAAGAGAGAGUUGAUGUGGAAGGUGGUGAAAUUAGGAGUAUGCAGGCAAGGAGGUUCAUUCGGGUUGUUUUUGCGCCACAUUUGCCAGAUUGCUCGUGUGAAUUUGUUAUUAAAAGAGAAGGAAUUUUUGGGGUUGAUAGAUGAGGGUUGAUUUUUUUAUUUAAACACUGGGACUAGAUGGCGGAUACUCCCUCUGUUCACGCUAACAAAUUGAAUUGCUAGGAGACAAGCAGAAAUUCUGCUGUUCAGUUUGUCGCUAUUAUCAGAGUCCAUUGAGAGGGAUUUUAUGACUCAUUCUCUAAACUCGUGGCCAUUUUUAAGAUCAAUUCAUGCAUUUCUGAAUAGAGUUCAGACAUUGAUGCAUAUUACCAGUUGGGCUAUAUUAGUAGCCUUUUGUUUUCGGAACCAAUUUACAGCAGAUGGUUGCAAGUGAGAUUAUUACAAGAAGAGGUCAUCCAUUCUGAAAAAGUAAUUUACCGAAACAUAUCCCAAUUUCACUGGUCCAAUCCAUUUCAUUUUUCACUCAAAAAGUCGUGCAAUGGUGACAGUAAUUUUUAUUUUUAUCUUGCGAGUCCUGCAAUUUCUUACAGUUUCCCUAGAUUACAGUUUAUUUUUCAUUUGGGGUUUUUGCAAGGAAGGAAAUGUAUUGUCUCAGAAACCUUUGUGCAGAGACGAAACUCACGGCUUUCAAGUUUACUUAUAGCAUUCCUAUCCCCAGAUUAAUGGUUUGGGUAAAUUGAACUUGGCUGGCGACUUUUUCA